AUGCCCAUCGAGGAUGACGCCCCUCCGCGCUGGACUCGCUUUUCCGAUCGCCUCAAACGCUCCUUCAGCGGUGCGGACCCGCGUGUCUGCAUCGCUUUCUGGCUAUUCGGCCUUAUCAAUAACGUCCUCUAUGUGAUCCUCCUCUCCGCAGCUUUAGACCUAGUCGGACCAGAUUUGCCCAAAGGCAUCGUACUCCUCGCAGAUAUCAUACCAUCCUUCACGACCAAGCUGAUCGCGCCCUACUUCAUUCAUGUGGUCCCGUACUCUGUCCGAGUCAUUGUAUUUGUAUUGCUCUCCACCGUGGGCAUGGUGAUCGUUGCGAUGAGCCCAAGCUAUACUGAAGGAGGUACGAUCAUAUCCAAGAUCGUGGGUAUAAUCCUCGCUAGUCUGUCGGCUGGCGGAGGGGAGCUGAGCUUCAUGGGGCUCACCCAUUUCUACGGACACUUCAGUCUGGCUGCUUGGAGUAGUGGCACCGGUGCAGCUGGUCUAGUCGGUGCUGGAGCUUACGCAUUAGCUACGAAUACCAUGGGCAUUUCGGUACAUACUACUCUCUUUGCGUCGGCCAGUUUGCCUAUUCUGAUGGCAGUGAGCUUCUUCAUUGUUUUACCACGAGACUCAAUGCGAGCAACAGCCUCUUCGGAUAGGUACCAGGCUGUAGAACGAGGGGAGCGCUCAGAGACAGAAGAUGUAGGGCAUGAAGGUUACGAAUCUGAGCGCGAAGAGUCAGAAGGACUCUUAGGCGUAUCUGUCCAUUCAGCUGGUACACAAAAGCCCGUCCACGUGAAUGCAGAGUCCCGUUGGUGGGACCGAAUGCGACAGAACCUGAGACAGCUCAAGAAGUUGUUCUUCCCCUUUAUGCUUCCAUUACUUUUGGUGUUCAUUGCCGAGUACGUGAUCAAUCAGGGCGUUGCCCCGACUCUGCUCUUCCCUCUAUAUACUACGCCAUUCAAGGACUUCCGUUCCUUUUACCCGGCAUACAGCGCGAUAUACCAAGCCGGUGUCUUUGUCUCGCGGUCCUCGACCCCAUUCUUUCGUGUGCACCAUCUUUAUGUCCCCUCUCUUUUACAAGUGCUCAACCUGGUCGUGCUAACCCUGCAUUCCAUGUUCAAUUUUAUCCCUAAUGUCUACAUUGUGUUUCUGGUGAUUUUCUGGGAAGGCCUACUUGGUGGUCUAGUAUACGUCAACACAUUUGCAGAAAUCAGCGACCGAGUCCCAGAAGAAGAGCGCGAGUUCUCUCUUGGCGCCACGACUGUGAGUGACUCGGCUGGUAUCUGCAUUGCGGGGUUUAUCAGUACGGCCUUGGAAGUUCUCCUUUGCAGGUUCCAAAUGAUUCAUGGCAGGGAGUAUUGUCGGGUGAUAUAG